CACACUCUCAGUAGAGCUGGGUCAUCUUUGCAGGUCAAAUCUAAAUAUAACCCAGACAAACCCAGACCACGCAAAACAAAAACACACGGGCUGCGAGCGGCGGUGCUGGAGGGCACUUGUUCAGAUCAACAGAAAUGGACGACUUUGAGCGAGAGGGCAUAAAUGAGGAGUUAAUUGAGUUUGCAAUCCAAGAGAGCAUGCAAGAUGCCUACAAACUAUCAUGUUCAACACAGAUACACAGAAAAGAAUCAAACAGUGAAGAAUUUGUGAAAAUAAUGACAGCCAUUCACAAAGGUGAUGUCUGUGCGCUGCAGGUGUUGUCAGGUUGUACAUCAGCCUUCAAGGAGAGGGACAGCAGGGGUCGGCUGCCUCUGCACGCAGCAGCUGUACAACCGCAUCAAGAGAGCCUGCUUGUGGUGCUGCAGGUUGUACUGACAUCCACAGGCCUGACCCUGGAGGAGCAGACAGAGGACGGGGACACAUGUAUGACUCUGGCAGCAGAAGCCGGCCUGGUAGAAAACAUCAAGAUGCUUCUGCAGCAUGGAGCCUCACCGCACAACACAAACAGCAGGAAUGAGUCUCCUCUGCUGAUCGCUGUGAGACAGAAAUCAUAUGACAUGGUUUUAUCCCUCAUCAUGGGUGGAGCCUUUGUGGAGCAGGUGUGUCUCACUAAGCGGACCGCACUUCAUGAAGCAGCAAAGAUGGGUUGCCCUGCUGUUGUGAUGCUGCUUCUUCGCCAUGGAGCAAAGGUAGCUGCCAAAGAUGCUCAUGGUGUAACUCCUCUUGGGAUUGCAGCUGAAUUUGGCAACACUGAAGUUUUAGAAAUCCUCAUUCAGCAUGGUGGUGACGUAAAUGCUCAGGCCAGCAAUGGAGACACAGUCCUGUAUGAUGCAGCUGGAAACGGAAACCUGGACUGUGUCCAAUUGCUCCUGAAGCACGGAGCCAACCCGAAUGUAGCAAGCUAUGCUUGCCAGCUGCCCAUCCACAGAGCCGCAUACGAGGGACACAUACUAGCCCUGAAGACUCUCAUCCCCAUCACCACAAAGAGAGCGAUCCGUCUAGCAGGCCACAGCCCUGUCCACUCAGCUGCAGACGGUGGACAGCCCCAGUGUUUGGAGCUGCUUCUGCAGAAGGGAUACGAUGUCAAUGCAUUGCUAGGCAUGCAUAUUUCUGAAAACUACGGGGACCUGAGAAAGUCCCCUCUUUACUUUGCCGUCUCCAAUGGUGAUGUAACCUGUGCAGAGAUGUUGCUCGCAGCAGGUGCAAGAACUGAUUUGGAUCCACUGCAGUGCAUCUUGGUCGCCGUACGUGCUGAGAGGUAUGAGCUGGUUCAACUGCUGCUGUCCUAUGGAGCAGAAGUGAACUGUUACUUCACUGUUAUUUGCAACACAAUAUUCCCAACAGCACUGCAGUACAGUCUGAAGGAUCUAGUGAUGCUGCGGCUGCUGCUCAACAGUGGAUAUCACGCUUACAAGUGUUUCCAGUGUUGUCAUGGUAUCUGUGAAGAAACGGACAAUACCUGGGCGGAGCUUCACAGCCAAGCAUACCGGAUCUACAGUCAACCUAAUGCUAUCUCAUUCUGUGAGUACGUCUCAGUAUCCUGGCUGACACAUCUGGUUGGCGGUGUUGUAAGGAUGCUCCUGGAUUACGUCAGUCACGUCAGCAUCUGUCCCAACCUCAAACGCAUCCUGGAGAAAAGCCUUGAGUGGGAUGAGAUUUCAGACACACUGAGCAAACCACGGUCUCUGCAGCACUUGUGUCGACUGCUAAUCAGACGUCACAUGAGCCUUAAGACGCUGAAUAACCCGAAAGCCAUGGCUGCUAUCCCUUUUCCUCCAAGACUGAAGAACUACCUCACCUACAGGGACUUGUGUAGUGACCUAUCCUCGGUGUAAAAGCUAUAUCUUGUAUCUGCAAGGCCACACUUUAAAAAAAAAAACAAAUGAGAAUAUAUUUCUUCGUGAAAACCUUUUGUAUUUAAUUCUAGUUGUGUAUAUUAUGAGCUGGAGUGCCUUGCUGUGUGCUUGUGAUUAGCACAAAAGAAGCUUGAACAGCUGAAGUGUAUUGCACCUAUUAAAACAUCUCCUUUUUCUCAUCAAUACUUGGCAGUUUUGAAAUCCCUGAAUAGACGCGCUCUCCCUCUUGUAUGUAGCCAUAUAGCACUUAACACCUAACCUGCAUACAGAGUAGGAAAAACAAAAAAUAAAGCUAAAUAUCUAUAGGGAAAGCAUCACAAACCUUAAAUCCACUCUACACCCACAAAGAUGUUUGAACUUCCUGCUAAUUGAAACACCACUCAAUGAGAAGUUUAGAGAGAGUAAAAGGUUAUCAAACUACACCAACCAAUCAAAAAGACUCAAGUGUAAGUUGUCCCACCCUAACAUGUCAAACAUGUUUGAGAAGAGCCAAUCAAGCACAGCGUGUUCAUGCCCACACAGUCCUUAGCAGAGGUCAGGUUGAGUGGAAACAACGGUGUGGGUGGAACACAUUGUUCUCCCUUUAUGCUGGCAUUCAGUGUGAACAUUUGUGUAGUCAAUGCAAGGUUUGACAAUUAAAAAA